AUGAGCGGGACAGUUGGAGAUUUGAGUCCAAAACAAGCAGACAUUUUGGGAAAGUUUAAAGAGAAUGUUAAGGAUAUUUUGAAACCUAAUCAUGAUGAUUAUCAUCUGACAAAAUGGCUGAGAGCUAGAGAUUUUGAUUUACAGAAGGCAGAGGCGGCAAUUAGAAAUGAUGCUGCUUGGAGAAAUGAUAACAAUGUUGAUACGAUUUUAGAAGAUUAUAAAGUACCAGAAGUGAUAGAGAAAUAUUUUGUGGGUGGUAUUUGUGGGCGAGAUAAAGAGGGGUGUCCUAUAUGGAUUGAUACCUUCGGAGAUCUGGACAUCAGGGGAAUGUUAUGUUCAGCUAAGAAACAAGAUAUUUUAAAAAGUAAAGUUCAUCUAUUAGAAAGAAUCAACAAUAUUUUUACAGAGGAAUCGACACCAGAAAGACGUGUAGAAGGGUUAGUAGUUAUUAUAGAUCUAGAGAAAAUGGGCAUGAAACAUCUGUGGAAACCAGGUAUGGAUAUGAUGAAUAGUAUAUUAGCCAUGUUUGAAGAACACUAUCCUGAAACUCUUAAAAUCAGUUUCGCUAUCAAUGCUCCUAGAAUAUUUCCUAUAAUUUAUAAUCUUGCCCGACCAUUUUUAAACGAAAAUACCAUUAAAAAGGUACAUGUGCUGGGAGCUGAUUAUAAACAAGUUUUAUUAAAAUAUAUCGACCCAGACCAACUUCCUGUUUAUUGGGGAGGAACCAAAACAGACCCAGACGGAAACCCUAAAUGUCCCUCUCUGAUAAACCUGGGUGGAGACAUACCUUCUAGUUAUUUUUGUAAUGUAUUGAAUGAUCUAGACGGGUUCACGCAGGUUGAUAUUGGACGCGGGUCAUCACUACAGUUAGAUUACGAAAUCACCGUCAAACGCUCAGUUAUAAGAUACCAGUUUAAAACAGAUGGGUUUGAUUUAGGAUUUGGAAUUUAUCGUAGAACAAGAAAUAAGCGUCAGAGUGCUGGAGAUAUGGCGGCAGUAAUGGCUUCAGAACGAGUUAACAGUCAUCUUGUACCAGAGGACGGUAGUUUUACUUGUAAAGAAACUGGCACUUAUGUCGUACGAUUUGAUAAUACCUACAGCUGGACACGAGGAAAAAAAUUAUUUUAUUUAAUAGAAAUUUUAGAACCGGACGUUCAUGACCUAGAUAUUCAAGAUGACACAAUUUCCGAAUUAUCAAAUUCUUCAGAUAAAUCUUAG